CGUUUUUGGGAACUCAAUCAACCCGCUCUCUUUCUCUCUGGCUAAACCACAGGAUUUUGAUCAAUACACGAAAUUCAACGUCUAGCGCGAGAAUCAGGAUCGGAAUCCGUGGAAUUGGAGCAACAUGUCGAUGUCCGACUCCGAUUCGUCGUCUCAGGGAAGCGAGUACAAAUGUUUCCGGCAAAUUACGCGGGACAGAUUGUUAUACGAAAUGCUUAGAUCUGCCCGAUCAAAGGAUUCAAAAUCAACAUGGAAGGUACUGAUCAUGGACAAACUAACAGUUAAGAUAAUGUCUUAUGCAUGCAAGAUGGCAGACAUCACAGAAGAAGGAGUUUCUUUGGUGGAAGAUAUUUACCGGCGAAGACAACCAGUUCCCACAAUGGACGCCAUAUACUUCAUCCAGCCUACAAAAGAGAACGUUGUAAUGUUUCUCUCUGACAUGGCUGGGAAAUCUCCUUUGUACAAAAAGGCCUUUGUCUUCUUUAGUUCAUCCAUUUCGAAAGAACUGGUCGAUCAGAUAAAGAGGGAUGCUAGUGUUCUGUCUCGCAUUGGUGCCCUUAGAGAGAUGAACUUGGAAUACUUUGCCAUCGAUAGUCAGGGUUUUGUAACUGAUAAUGAGAGGGCCCUAGAAGAACUUUUUGGAGAUGAUGAGGGUUCUCUCAAGGGUGAUGCAUGUCUGAGAGUGAUGGCCACCCGCAUUGCUACAGUUUUUGCCUCAUUACGGGAGUUUCCAUUUGUUCACUACCGUGCUAUCAAAUCCAUUGAUCCAACUACAAUGACUACAUUUCGUGAUUUAAUUCCAACAAAGCUUGCUGCGGCCGUAUGGAAUUGUCUCAUGAAAUAUAAAUCUACCCUUCCGCAUUUUCCACAAACAGAAACAUGCGAGCUUCUUAUUGUUGACAGAUCUGUAGAUCAGGUUGCUCCAAUCAUACAUGAGUGGACAUAUGAUGCCAUGUGUCAUGAUUUGCUGAACAUGGAAGGAAAUAAGUAUGUACAUGAGGUUCCAAGCAAAACGGGUGGGCUUCCAGAGAUGAAGGAUGUGCUUUUGGAGGAUCAUGACCCAAUCUGGUUAGAGCUUCGUCAUGCACAUAUUGCAGAUGCUAGUGAACGGCUGCAUGAAAAGAUGACGAACUUUGUCACCAAAAAUAAAGCUGCACAAAUGCAGCAUGGUUCAAGAGGUGGUGGUGAGUUGUCUACAAGGGAUUUGCAAAAAAUGGUUCAUGCUCUGCCUCAAUAUAGUGAACAAAUUGAGAAGCUCUCUCUCCAUGUAGAUAUUGCCGGAAAGCUGAACAAAAUUAUCAGAGAGUUUGGACUUAGAGAACUAGGGCAAUUAGAGCAAAAUCUUGUCUUUGGAGAUGCUGGGACAAAAGAUGUCAUCAACUUCCUAAGAAUGAAUCAGGAUGUAUCACGUGAAAACAAGUUGCGGUUAUUAAUGAUAUAUGCAGCAGUUCAUCCUGAGAAAUUUGAAGAUGAUAAACUCGUAAAACUAAUGGAGGUAACUGCUUAUUGAUCCUUUUUUAUUUUUUUUU